GCAGGAGUAACUUUUGCAAAGUGCUUCUCAGUCGCGCGAACCAAGCCUCAGCAAUGCUCCGCUUUGCCAGCGCCGUGGGUCACGGGCGACCACCACUGCCACGGAUCCCGAGCAAUGGCCUUGCGACUCGCACAUCUACGCCAACCGCCAGCGGCGCCCGGGCGUGUGGAGCGCUGCACGCUGAGCCUGCGCACCGAUGCGAAUCCGCCUUCGCCAAGACAGCUCAAGCUCAGCGCCCAGCCAGCCGCCGAUGGCUGCACACAUCUGCUGCCAUGACUGCAUCACUCCUCAGCCACACUGGCACAAGCACCCGGGCGCGCACUGCAGGCCAGGUCCCCAUCCCGCUGGGUUGCGGCUCCACUCAAGCCCCACCCUCGACGACGGCACCCUUCCCGCUGACCUCAACCCCGAUACGACCUGCUACAACAUCCAGUACUAGCAGCACCAGUAAUCCUGGCUCGCUGGGAGUCAUGCAAGUUUACAACACCAUCAAGAGCCGGUACUCGCAACCAGACCAGAUUGUCCUCUUCCAGUUUGGCAAGUUCUUCGAGCUCUACGGACAGGACGCCGAGACAGGAGCAUCGACGCUCAACAUACAGCUCACGUCCAAAGACGGCCUCAAGUUUGCAGGAUUCCCGGCGGCAAACUCGCUCAAUCGGAUUGCCCAGCUCGUCAAGGCUGGAUUCACUGUGGUUGAGGUCUGUGAGAUUGAAGGCUUGGAGCAAGGGGGUCUCAAAUACCGUGCAGUCACGCGGAUUAUCAGUCGCGGCAACCAGAUCGAUCUCAUCGACAGCGAUGCUGAAAACAAUGUCGUGUACUUGCACGGAGCGUCGUCGUCGACAUCCAAUCGAAUCGGCGUUGUCUGGAGCGAUCUGUCCACUGCCGAGCUCUACGCCGGAAGCAUUUCGCCAAGCAGGCUGCCCGAGCUACUAUCGUCGCUUCGGCCGGUCGAGCUCGUUGUCGAGAACGCAGCGUUGAAAGAUCUGGUUCGCCAGGUCUACGGAGACCAGGACGUUCCUGUCUCGGUGAACGCGCCUCCGCCACCACCCUUCGACCACGACAGGCUGUUUGACGUCAAGAGAGUGGAUGGCGCACAACCAUUCCAGCCCGAACCACUCUUGUCGCCUGCGUCCAAGCUGGACAUUCUCAACCUUCCGCUGUUGCACCAGUUCAUGAACGCGGCCGCUGCAGUACCAGCCGUCACUGCACUGGAAGCCAACGCCAUCAAUGGCAUGCUUGCGUGGCUCGAGUCCAGAUACCCCAUGCCGACACACCGCAUCAAGCUCCUUGGUUUGCACCACCGCCCGGCCCUGGACCAAGAUCCCUCGCAGCACCGCGCUCUACACCAUCAACCCAUGCAAGUGGAUCCCGUUAGCUGCGCGGCUCUGGAGCUGUUUGAACCGGUUCCAGGCAACGCCGCCUCCUCCACUCUGUUUGCGACCAUCAAGCACACACAGACGUCGAUGGGAGGUCGAUUGCUGCGACGGUCGCUCAUGGAGCCCCUGACCGACAUUGAGCUCAUUCGCAAGCGGCAAGACCACACUGCCUUCUUUAUGUUUGACGAACCGCGUCGCAACCGCGUUCGAUCCACGUUUGGCGGCAUCAAGGAUGUUCCACGCACGCUGGGCAGCAUUUUCCGGCACGGCGUGAAGACCUGGCGGUUUGCGAAUCACGUUGCAGACCUCAUCGACUCGCUCGCGGCUGCUGCGGGCGUUGCGACCACCAUUCGUGAGCAGUUUUCGUUGCCCAAUAGUCCCACGCUGGACGCCGAGCUGCUCAAGCCGCUCGAGGAUGCGCGUGUUCAAGCCCUGUGCAAGUAUUUGUCAACGUACGUUGGACUGGCUGAGACAGCGACUGCAUCGCUUGCUGCUGCUGCUGCUACGACGUCUGCAACCUCAGCGCCUGGCGCGUCGACAAAGAAAUCAUCCUCUUCAAGCAAGCGCAAGAAAGCCUCGUCACCAGCCAACGCCGCAGUCCCUGCCGUGCCCGUCGCUGCUGGCAACGCCGAUCUCGCCAUGGAUGAACCGCAAGAUCCUGACGACGAGGAGCGACCCCGCUAUGUCUUGGUGUCGCAGCGCAUCCAGGAACUGCACUCGAAGCGAGCCUCGUACCUUGAGGACUUGAACCAACUCGUCCAGGGCUACUCGACCAUCGAUCGCGGCAUGACACCUGCCAUGCUGGUCGACGCGCGCGACGGCUGCCUGAUUGUCAGCGAGUUUGCAACUCCAGACAUUUUGAAGAGUUCGCCAGAUCUCACCAUUGUGCGCACCAGUGCCCGAGCACCGCGCGACGCCUUCUCUCCCCACGCUCGGCUCAACCCCGGAGUUAAGCGACCCGCUCUGAGCGGUCGCGUCAGUGUCCUAUCUUCUCCUCGACUGCAAGAGUUCCGCCGCCAGCAUGUUGAAAUGGACGACGAAAUGCUUCAAGCCCAGGAGCAGGUGCGGCAAGACAUUUGCAGCAGGAUCCAAGCCGAAAUCGCCGUGAUCACGGCCGCAAGCGAGUCCAUCUCGCAGAUAGAUGUAGCCAUCUCGCACGCGCACACCGCCCAACGAUACGACUGGACACGCCCGACACUGGUCUCCGCGAGCGGUGUGCUUGACAUUCGUGGCGGCUUCCACCCCGUCCUCGAUGCGCUGCAGAUGAAGGAUUCCGCAACCGCCAACCAAGUGAGCUUUACGCCCAACGACUGCGUCAUGUCCGUCGCCGAGCCUGCCCGCGGCGUCCAAGCUGCUCCGUCACCAAACAACACGGCCCCUACGCGAGCUGCCCACUGCUGGAUUAUCACGGGCGCAAACAUGGGUGGCAAGUCGACCUUUAUGCGCCAGAACGCCCUCAUUGUGCUCCUCGCGCAAAUGGGCAGCCACGUUCCAGCGCUGUCAGCUACCAUCGGCAUUGUGGAUCGGUUGUUUACGCGCGUGGGCGCCUCUGACAACCUGGUCAAGCACAAGUCGACGUUCAUGGUCGAAAUGUCCGAGACGGCUCGCAUUUUGCGCGAGGCGACGAGCCGCUCGUUUGUGAUUGUGGACGAGAUUGGACGCGGCACGUCCACGACGGACGGCGUUGCGCUGUCCUGGGCGGUGCUGUCGUAUCUGCACACGAAAACGCGGUGCCGAAUGCUGUUUGCCACGCACUUUCUCGAAGUCGCGCAACGGUGCCAGGAGCACCCGCAGCUGCUCCGCAAUGCGGCCUGUCACAUGGUGCGCGUGCUUCACUCGACCGAGGGACAGCCCAGCUUUACCCAUCAGAUUGUUCCGGGCGUGGCGCUCCGUUCCUACGGCAUUGAGGUGGCUGAGCUUGCGGGGCUUCCAGCUGCUGUUGUGGACGAGGCGCGCUGGAUUGCCGGCCAACUCCAGCAAGAGCAGGAGGCACGCAAGGGCGUGUUUUCCACCCUGAGUGAUCACCAUGUCUCUGGGUAG